AUGUCAAGCAAACUGGCACAGGCAUGCACGACCAUAAACAACGCGAAUCAAAGUCAAGCACGCCAAGUGAUAAUACGCAACAUCAACUCGGUAGUACGCAACUUCCUCAACGUCAUGCAGCAAUACGGGUACAUCGACGAGAUAACAUACAUAAACGAUCACAGGGUGGGAAAGGUCGUUGUAUCGCUGAACGGGCGGCUGAACAAGUGCGGAGCUGUGUGUCCUAGGUAUGACGUGAGGAUAGAUGAGAUUGAGGGGUACAGGCAGAGUAUCCUGCCUGCAAGGCAGUUUGGACAUUUGAUACUUACGACCUCUAAGGGAAUUAUUGAUCACAGGGAGUGCAUCAACCAGGGAACGGGUGGUAAGGUGCUUGGAUUCUUCUAUUAA